CCUUCCUCCUUCCUUCAUAUCGUCUUCUUUCUGCAGUCGUAAGAUAUUCAGACCAACCACCAUCUUCAUCGUCACCAACCCAGAAACUGAAGACCGGAAGACGAUUUGAAGCCAUCAUCACUCGCCGUCUCUCGUACUCGCUUCUCUCUCUCUCUCUCUCUCCCGAGUCCCCUUCAUCAUCUCCUUGCAAGAACUUCGAAUCGCUUUGAUAGGUAAAAGCACACCGAUCGUUGCGCGAAAUCGAAAAAUUUGGCGUCUUUCUUCGGGGGGGAAUUCAUACGGCCACGACCCACUUUCGGAUUCUCCCGAGAUCGGAUCAAUCUCAGCUCGAAUUCGGACAUGGGGUUCGACAAAGAAGCGAGCUCGUCGUCGCAGGCCCUGAGGCUGCCCCUCCCUCGCGAGGACACGCCUCUUCUCGGUAAGCCGCGCCCUCUCUCCUCGCAGCCCAAGACCUUCGCGAACGUGUUCAUCGCGAUCGUCGGGGCGGGGGUCCUCGGCCUGCCGUACGCGUUCAAGCGCACCGGUUGGCUCAUGAGCCUACUCAUGCUCUUCUCCGUCGCCGCCCUGACCUACCACUGCAUGAUGCUCCUGGUCAUCACCCGCCGCAAACUCGAAUCCGCCCACGGGUUCUCGAAAAUCGCGUCCUUCGGGGAUCUGGGGUUCACGGUAUGCGGUUCGAUCGGUCGGAUCGUUGUCGACAUCAUGAUGGUGCUGUCGCAGGCUGGGUUUUGCGUCAGUUACUUGAUUUUCAUUGGUAACACGGUGGCUAAUCUGUUCAAUUCGGGUUCGGAUAGGACUGUGGGUGCGUAUUUGAGUUCAAAGAUAUGGGGUAUAUCCGCAAAGAGUUUCUGUAUAUGGGGGUCUUUGCCUUUCCAGUUGGGCUUAAAUUCGAUUAAAACAUUGACGCACUUGGCACCUUUGAGCAUUUUUGCGGAUGUAGUCGAUCUCGGAGCUAUGGGCGUGGUGAUGAUUGAUGAUGUGAGUAUUAUUUGGAAGAAUGGGGUAGAGGUUCAGGCCUUUGGGGGUCUGUCUGUGUUCUUUUAUGGACUGGGUGUGGCUGUCUAUGCUUUUGAAGGGGUCGGCAUGGUGUUGCAUUUGGAGUCUGAGACGAAAGAUAAGAGUAAGUUUGGGAAGAUCUUGGCCAUCGCGAUGGCUUUCAUUGCGUUGAUGUACGGAGGAUUUGGGUUGCUGGGUUACUUGGCGUUUGGCGGAAACACCAGAGAUAUAAUUACGGCUAACAUGGGGAAGGGCUUGAUUAGUACUCUGGUGCAACUGGGUCUCUGUAUCAAUUUGUUUUUCACCUUCCCUUUGAUGAUGCACCCGGUUUAUGAAAUUGUGGAGCGGCGCUUAUCGGGCGGAAGAUAUUGCAUUUGGCUGAGAUGGCUACUGGUGUUAUUAGUGAGUUUGAUUGCCCUGCUGGUGCCUAACUUUGGGGAUUUCUUGUCGUUGGUUGGAAGCAGUGUAUGCUGUGGACUGGGAUUCGUGUUGCCUGCUCUGUUUCACUUGCUGGUGUGCAAGGAAGAGAUGAGUUGGAAAGGCUGGAGUGUGGACAUGGGGAUUAUUGUGCUGGGACUCGUGCUAGGUGUUUCAGGGACUUGGUAUGCGCUCGUGGAAAUUUUCUCCACAAAGGUAUGAUUUUGAGCUUCGUUUUCAAGUUUCAUGACAGGGUAGCGGCAUGAUACACAUUUUGUAUCACUCUGUCGCAUGAAUGGCCUCUUUCCCUGCACAAUAAAAAUCAAUGAGCACGUAGUAUUUGCUUAUCCUUUGGCAAAAUCCCAAUAAGCAGUACAUAUAUCAGUGUGCUAAGUGAGAAUCAUCUGAAAUGUAAAUAGGAUUUCCAUGUUCUCAACUCUCAUCUUCUACUGAUUUCCAGAUCAUGGAGCUCCUAUAUUUUAUCAACUUUCAGAAGCAUUUUACAUUA